AUGUGCAAUAGGUACGUGAAUGAUGUGCGAGAAUGUCUGAGAAAUCGUAUUCAAUGCGGCAUGCUACAAGACGAAGCUUUGCUAAUUCAAGAAAAUUGCUACAUGGAAUUGACGCAGAUCAAUGAAAUAAAAGAAAAACAUAAGAGAUAUGCAGAUAGUUUUGACGAAUUCUUAGCUGAGGAUCACAGGAAUGCUCGAAAAUUUUUGGAAGAAGCUGACUUGAUGUCUGCCAAAACUAUGAACUUAACUGUCGAAAAGAAAGAAUUGAGUGUUAAACUUGGAAUGUUGAGAUGCGAACUUUAUACGCUUGAAGAGACUUGGCGCGAAUUAAAAAUGUAUCAGUCAUUUCUUUAUCGGGUCGCACCUCUGUCAUGGCGAUUGGAGCAUGACUGGAUCCACAGAGAUUCGCAUGAUAAUCUGCUACAGGAGGGACAGACUCAGGAAAGCAAAAUGAAGAAAGAAGAAUCGGUCUUGUCGCUUGAUGAUCUUCUUGUUAAAUUUUUGGAUUUAACUGAAAAAUCUCCGGAACCGAUGAUUCCUUUCAGCACGCCGGGUGAGUUAUUGGAAACUCUCGACGCGUUAGCCGAGUCGACAUUGCAUUCGCUCGCGCAUUUGGAGAAAAUUGCGGGGCCACUCGCCGCCGCCAAGGUAAACGCGGAAGCAGCCAAGGUGGAGGUCGAAGCCGAAUUGACUGCUAUGCGCCGCAAUAUAGAUUCGCUGAGCCGGCACAUUGAUUGGGAAGAGAGACGUGGCAGAUCGCUCAAAGCGCGCGGCGAAAGUUUACUCGAGGGCGCCCUGAGAAAAUGCGUCGAAGCCGAAUUGACUGCUAUGCGCCGCAACAUAGAUUCGCUGAGCCGGCACAUUGAUUGGGAAGAGAGACGUGGCAGAUCGCUCAAAGCGCGCGGCGAAAGUUUACUCGGGGCGCCCUUAGAAAAUGCGUAG